UGAUUUUAUCACUUCCCCAGUGUUCAAUACAGUCAGUGACUCAGUCCUUCUUCAGUCGAUUUGUUGGUUAACAGUUGUCUUGGACUCAGUUCAAUAUCCAGAACAAGUCGAUCCUGUUUUUUAUUCGGAGAUAGACACAUAUGGUCUUGCGAGGCAAAAGCGUAAAUCCAGCCAUCAGCAGCUGGUGUCUGUUUUCCACAGUUAUCGCUGAUCACUCCUAGAACUGCGCAAUGUUUGCGUACAGCCACGAGACACGGCAGGUCCUCGCGUGGAACGCUGUGGACGUCCUCGUCGACGACGGCCAGCUGCAGCACGGCGAAGUCGUCAACGUGGUGCAGGGCGGUCUAAUCAUCGAUUUCCAGUGUGCCGAGCAGCGCGCGCAGUUCGUCCCAUUCGGGAACAUCUUCCGCUGUGACAAGAUUCUGGAGCGCGACGGCCCGUAUGUCCAGGUCCUGUGGCGGCGCCAUCCAGACGGCGCGUGGAUCUGGCAUCCGGGACGGUACCGCCGGAAUCCACUGCUCCCCUUGUAUGAGGAGGCUCAUGUCGUGGAGGUGGAUCGGCCUCACGGAUUCACCAGCCGCGAACUGGUUCCCGUGGAUCAAGUACGCGCACCGCUCUCCAACGCCGAUCUGGAGAAGCGGCGCAUCGGAGAGCAUCACUUUGUCAUCCACUGCCUUCCCUUGUCCGCGGAAUAUUUUGCUGAAGGGUCGCCGUUGUUGCGGGAAUUCUUUGCGUACCGGUUGCAGCGUCAGUACCAGGUGCUCUGCACGUCCCUGGCCAGCCAGACGCUCCUCUAUAUGCUGCGCCGGAAAUACAAACCAUUGAGCGCUGAGCAAGUGGAAAUGAUUUACAAUCAAGCGAAAGAAUUGGAAAAGGGAGGCAGCCUGCUUGGGACAUCGCAGUGGAUUAUGCGGCGUACGACGAUUGGUGCCUUCAGUGAGACACCACAGACCUGUGACAGCGAUGAUGCCGUCGGGCUGCCGUUGCCCCCGGAGCUGCUGGUGGAAAUCUUCCAUUCCCUGGACUCCAUCGAGCGCAUCCGCUGUCGGCGUGUCUGUUCACUGUGGAACAUUCUCAUCACCACGUCUGCCUACAUUCCGGAAGUGCGCGUUUCAGGGAACGUUACCCAUUAUGGGAAGAAGCUGCAUUUCGUUAUGGAGAACAUAACUCGCGUUUACUGGAUCGUGGCGUGCUUCUUGAAAUGUUUGAACAACACCACGCAGAGAGUUGUUCUGACGGAUUUGGACGCUAUCCAGUGUACCGAGGUGGCUAAACUGAUUAAAGAGCUGGUCAAGUCCACUCCCAUGCCGGCAUUGAUUUUCUACAACUGCAGUUUCGGUUAUAAGAAGUUCCUGGUCCCGGACAUCAUUAACGGGGUGGCGGGUAUUCUGGCGCGAUUGUCGAAAUGCGGCGGUAUGGUGUGGAGAAAGUGCAGCCUGCACGAUCACAACGUGCGAGCCGCGAUAGCGCAUCAUGCCUUCGGCGACCUCAGGUUGAAGCCGCUGAAGUUGCAGCUGUGGGAUCUUUUCGAGAACAAUGUCGUUCUCACCAAGGCGAUUGAUCGACCGGCUUUGGCGAAAUGGAUUGCCGGCUGCAUCGCGCAGCAUCGCAUCAAUCCGCGGGGCCUCAAUGCGCUCGAAGACCAAAUUGUGAAGGGCCUGCUUCGUUACCAGAGGGCGGAUCCGCGUUCCUCCACCCACUACCGCAAGCGGAACUGGACGGCAUCCACGGUCUCGCAACUGGACGUUAAGCUGCUGACCACGCUGACGGCGGCGGCCUUGAGCGAGGGCGUUGAUAUGAUUCUGGACUGGAGACUGCGGGCAAUUGGCGGCGGUUGCCCGUAUUCGACUCAAUUUGAUAUUGACCAUUUCCAUUUUUCAUAUAAUUAAAAAUGCGGCAGAUAAAUGUUACGCAUGCCAAUCACUUGCAUCCUUUCCGGUUCAGUCGUUGUGAGAUGUUGUGAUGGGUGAAUCGCUUCAUAGUUUUUACUGAAUAAA